AUGUCCGCUCUCACAAUGUCACAUCGGUCAAAGGAUACAGUUGGGAAGCCACAGUUUGAACUCCCCGCACUCAAUCUCAACUUCGGCAGUAUCACGGACGGCACCAACAUACCGCCGCCGCUGCCAUCACCAAAGGUGCCGACGCCGCCGCAAACGCCUCCACGGCUCGAGACCAAGGACGAUCGGACUAAUGGCUCAGUCGGUGCGAAUAGAGCCAAUGGUCUCAAUACUGAAAGCCAGCUGCCUGCCAGCCAAAGCGUGCCGGCGCUGGACGGUGUCGACCGGCCGCAGAGCCGUGGCGGUUUUAGUUUGAUGGGCGAUCGAAAAUCGAAGCGCAGUAGUGGCUGGUUCAAAAGAUUUCGAAGCGGCGACCAGCAAUCGUCGUCGAGGCGCUCGAGCUUCCUCUUUAGCGGUAGCUCCAGCAACUUGCCUGCUGCCAAGCAGCUCGAACCGCCACCACCGAUGAUCCCUGAGCUCCGAGAACUGGAAAAGGACGAAGGUAGCCUCGGCUCCGACAUCUUUCGAAACAUAAAAUAA